AUGAAAUGUCUAGCAAAUCAAUUAAAUAAAGUAAAAAACUUCUCAGAACACACGAGCAAAACCAAAAGUCACGAUAUUAACCCAAGCAUAGCUACAGAAGUACUUAAUUGCAUUUUAAAAGAAGAAGAUACAAUUGAAAAUAAGCACAUCCUGGUUCUAAAUUCUGAAGCCGGAAUCUUACAUGUUGGAUUAAAUCUUUGCCACCCCGUUUUUCUCACAUCGAUAGUUUCCGAUACACCCAAUGAGAAUAUUAAGCAGAAUGUUACUGAAUUUAAUGUAUCUUGCGAUUUCAUAGUUUCAAAUACACAGGUAUUCAAGAAAAAUGCUCUCGACAUUGCUGUUGUUGGUCCAAUUCUUGAAAAAUCAAAGUGUUCUAGCCUGUCAUUAAUUAAAAUGGCUACACAAACAGCCAAAAUAACGUACUGUGUAUUUCAGACUGAACAUAUGAAGAAAUUAGUUGAAAAUUUUCCAAACUAUACUGUAAUUGGAACAGUUAAUAUUAAAAUGCCUGGAAGUUCAAAUUAUUACAAGCAGAAUAUCGGUCAUGUUGAGCAUACCAUAUUUAAGCUUAAAAAUAAUGAAUAA